AUGGCGCAGACAGUGCACGGCGUGUGGGAGGAGUGGGGGUCCUGGAGCCUGUGCUCCCGCAGCUGCGGGCGGGGGUCCCGGAGCCGGAUGCGGACCUGCGUGCCCCCCCAGCACGGCGGCAAGGCCUGCGAGGGUCCCGAGCUGCAGACUAAGCUCUGCAGUAUGGCCGCCUGCCCGGUGGAAGGCCAGUGGCUAGAAUGGGGUCCCUGGGGCCCGUGCUCCAUGUCCUGUGCCAAUGGGACCCAGCAGCGCAGCCGGAAGUGCAGCGUGGCGGGCCCCGCCUGGGCCACGUGUACCGGGGCCCUCACGGACACCCGGGAGUGCGGCAACCUUGAGUGCCCGGCCACAGACGGCAAGUGGGGGCCGUGGAACGCGUGGAGCCUGUGCUCCAAGACAUGUGACACAGGCUGGCAGCGCCGUUUCCGCAUGUGCCAGGCCACAGGCACUCAGGGCUACCCCUGCGAGGGCACCGGAGAGGAGGUGAAGCCCUGCAGUGAGAAGAGGUGUCCAGCCUUCCAUGAGAUGUGCAGGGACGAGUACGUGAUGCUGAUGAUGUGGAAGAAGGCGGCUGCUGGAGAGAUCAUCUACAACAAGUGCCCCCCCAACGCCUCAGGGUCUGCCAGCCGCCGCUGUCUCCUCAGUGCCCAGGGCGUGGCCUACUGGGGGCUGCCCAGCUUUGCCCGCUGCAUCUCCCACGAGUACCGCUACCUGUAUCUGUCACUUCGGGAGCACCUGGCCAAGGGGCAGCGCAUGCUGGCGGGCGAGGGCAUGUCACAAGUGGUGCGGAGCCUGCAGGAGCUGCUGGCCCGGCGCACCUACUACAGUGGGGACCUGCUUUUCUCCGUGGACAUUCUGAGGAAUGUCACUGACACCUUCAAGAGAGCCACCUAUGUGCCCUCGGCUGAUGAUGUGCAGCGCUUCUUCCAGGUGGUGAGCUUCAUGGUGGAUGCAGAGAACAAGGACAAGUGGGCUGAUGCUCAGCAGGUGUCCCCUGGCUCUGUGCACCUGCUCCGGGUCGUGGAGGACUUCAUUCACCUGGUGGGCGAUGCUCUCAAGGCCUUCCAGAGCUCUCUGAUUGUCACAGAUAACCUGGUGAUCAGCAUUCAGCGAGAGCCCGUCUCGGCUGUGUCCAGCGACAUCACGUUCCCCAUGCGCGGCCGCCGGGGCAUGAAGGACUGGGUGCGGUACUCAGAGGACCGCCUCUUCCUACCCAAGGAGGUGCUCAGCCUCUCCUCCCCAGGGAAGCCGGCCGCAUCCGGGGCAGCAGGCAGCCUUGGCAGGGGGAGAGGCCCAGGAACCGUGCCCCCUGGCCCGGGCCACUCCCACCAGCGCCUCCUCCCGGCAGACCCUGAGGAGUCCUCCUCCUACUUUGUGAUUGGUGCUGUGCUCUACCGCACCCUCGGCCUCAUCCUGCCGCCCCCCAGGCCCCCGCUGGCCGUCACAUCCAGGGUGAUGACAGUGACUGUGAGGCCCCCCACCCAGCCACUAGCUGAGCCCCUCAUCACCGUGGAGCUCUCCUAUAUCAUCAACGGCACCACGGAUCCCCACUGUGCCAGCUGGGACUACUCCAGAGCAGAUGCCAGCUCAGGGGACUGGGACACUGAGAGCUGCCAGACCCUGGAGACGCAGGCAGCCCACACUCGCUGCCAGUGCCAGCACCUGUCCACCUUUGCUGUGCUGGCCCAGCCGCCCAAGGACCUGACCCUGGAGCUGGCGGGCUCCCCCUCGGUCCCCCUUGUGAUCGGCUGCGCUGUGUCCUGUAUGGCACUGCUCACCCUCCUUGCCAUCUACGCCGCCUUCUGGAGGUUUAUAAAAUCGGAACGCUCCAUCAUCCUGCUGAAUUUCUGCCUGUCCAUCCUGGCAUCCAACAUCCUGAUCCUCGUGGGCCAGUCGCGGGUGCUGAGCAAGGGUGUGUGCACCAUGACAGCUGCCUUCCUGCACUUCUUCUUCCUCUCAUCCUUUUGCUGGGUGCUCACUGAGGCCUGGCAGUCCUACCUGGCUGUCAUCGGACGGAUGCGCGCCCGCCUCGUCCGCAAGCGCUUCCUCUGCCUGGGCUGGGGUCUGCCUGCCCUGGUGGUGGCCGUGUCGGUCGGCUUUACCCGCACCAAAGGAUACGGUACAUCCAGCUACUGCUGGCUCUCUCUGGAGGGUGGUCUGCUUUAUGCCUUCGUGGGCCCAGCAGCUGUCAUUGUCCUGGUGAAUAUGCUCAUCGGAAUCAUCGUCUUCAACAAGCUCAUGGCUCGGGAUGGCAUCUCAGACAAGUCCAAGAAGCAGAGGGCCGGGGCCUCGCUCUGGAGCUCCUGCGUGGUGCUGCCCCUGCUGGCGCUCACCUGGAUGUCCGCCGUCCUGGCCAUGACAGACCGCCGCUCCGUCCUCUUCCAGGCCCUCUUUGCUGUCUUCAACUCCGCGCAGGGCUUUGUCAUCACGGCUGUGCACUGCUUUCUGCGCCGAGAGGUCCAGGAUGUGGUGAAGUGCCAGAUGGGCGUGUGCCGGGCCGAUGAGAGUGAAGACUCCCCCGACUCGUGUAAGAACGGGCAGCUGCAGAUCCUGUCAGACUUUGAAAAAGAUGUGGAUCUGGCUUGUCAGACAGUGCUGUUCAAGGAGGUCAACACUUGUAACCCGUCCACCAUCACGGGCACACUGUCCCGCCUGUCCCUGGACGAGGACGAGGAGCCCAAGUCCUGCCUCGUGGGUCCCGAGGGCAGCCUCAGCUUCUCACCGCUGCCUGGCAAUCUCCUGGUGCCCAUGGCAGCCUCACCAGGGCUGGGGGAGCCACCGCCCCCCCAGGAGGCCAACCCCGUGUACAUGUGUGGGGAGGGUGGCCUGCGGCAGCUGGACCUCACGUGGCUGCAGCCUGCCGAGCCGGGCUCCGACGGGGACUACAUGGUGCUGCCCCGGAGGACUCUGAGCUUGCAGCCCGGCGGCGGGGGCGGAGGUGGCGAGGAUGCCCCGCGGGCCCGGCCCGAGGGCACCCCCCGGCGGGCUGCCAAGGCACUGGGCCAUGCCGAAGGGUACCCCAGCUUCCUGUCUGUGGACCACUCGGGCCUGGGGCUGGGCCCUGCCUACGGAUCGCUACAGAACCCCUACGGGAUGACCUUCCAACCGCCACCGCCGACACCCAGCGCCCGCCAAGUGCCCGAGCCGGGGGAGCGCAGCCGGACCAUGCCCCGCACCGUGCCCGGCUCCACCAUGAAGCUGGGCUCCCUGGAGCGAAAGAAGUUACGGUAUUCAGACCUGGACUUUGAGAAGGUGAUGCACACCCGGAAACGGCACUCGGAACUCUACCAUGAGCUCAACCAGAAAUUCCACACUUUCGACCGCUACCGCAGCCAGUCCACGGCCAAGGAGAAGCCCAGUCCAGGGGAGCGUCCCGGCUUGUCCCAACAGCGGCGACAUCAGAGCUGGAGCACCUUUAAGUCUAUGACGCUGGGCUCGCUGCCCCCCAAGCCCCGAGAACGGCUGGCCCUGCACCGGGCAGCAGCCUGGGAGCCCACAGAACCACCGGAUGGCGACUUCCAGACAGAGGUGUGA